AUGAUAAGAAGGAAAAAAAAAAAAAAGACUUUUAUGACAAGAUACUUCAAAACGGCCGCGUAUCAAAAGGUUAUAAAUACAGUCGAUUUAGCGCCGAAAAGGUCUCUUCUUCUCUCUUCCUCGACGGCUCCACUCUUCUAUCCUCUUCAUCGAAUCGUCUUUGGUCGUCAAACUUCUGCGAAAUUCGAUUUUGAUUUCUACUAUAUUCCCUCACGCUCUAUUUAUCUCAUCUGGUUCGGCUGUUUCUCUGUAUCGACCUCUUCGAAAUCGGUCUCAAACCGGCUCCGAGCUCUCUUCCGGUUCGGAAUUUCAGAUUUGCCUGGUCUGAUGGGAUCGGAGCCUCGGGUUGACCCGAGGCCCAAACUGAUUAACUUGCCCGUUCUUACCAAAUUCAAGCUCUACAAAACUCCCUCGAAUUUUUAUUUGAUUGGGAGAGACGAGAGCAAAAGCUUUCGGAGGAUUCUUAAGAUUGAUCGAACGGACCGAACCGAGCUAAACUUGUUUGAAGAUCCCACAUGGUAUACAAAUGCGCAAAUGCGCGAACUGAAAAGAUGGAUAAGUCGAGGCAACAGGAGGCAUGGUGGGCUCGAACCAGUCACAACUUGCUACGGCAUCAUUGGGUUUGUGAGAUUCUUGGAGCCCUAUUACAUGCUGGUCAUAACCAAGAAGAAGAAAGUCGGCGAGAUCUGCGGCCAUACGAUUUACGGUAUAGCCGAGAGUCAAACGAUCGUGAUUCCAAAUCCUUCCGUUCAGACGAGAGUGGCUGUUUCUGUAGACGAGCGAAAGAGGCUCCUAAGCAUGAUGGAUCUUACCAAAAACUUCUACUUCAGCUACACGUAUCACCUCAUGUAUUGCCUUCAGAAGAACCUACGCAACACUGAGAGAGGAAACACUCACGACAACACCAUGUUCGUGUGGAACGCACAUUUAACACGCACCAUCAGAAGGGUGCUGCGCAAUACCAUAUGGACUGUUGCAUUGAUAUACGGAUUCUUUCAACAGACUAAAUGCUCCGUGUCUGGUGAAGAUUUUGUAUUGACUGUCAUUGCUCGGCGUUCACGGCAUUAUGCUGGUACAAGAUACUUAAGGCGUGGCGUAAACAAUAUAGGCAGAGUAGCCAAUGACGUUGAGACAGAGCAGAUUGUUUCCAGAGAGGUUCCAGAGGGUCAACCAAUCCCGAUAACAUCAGUUGUGCAGCAUCGAGGCUCCAUACCCUUAUUUUGGUCACAGGCGACAUCUCUGUUCAACCCACAACCCGAGAUUAUAUGUAUGGGCGGCCAUAUGCAUUAUAUAGCAAAAGUAUCCUUACUAUACAAGAAAGAGGAGAAUUAUGGGGCUACCCAACAACAUUUUAAGAAUCUAAGGCAAAGAUAUGGGGAACACAUAAUCAUUUUGAAUCUUCUCAAGUCAAGUGAGAGAAAGCGUCGAGAAACCAUUUUGCGGGCAGAGUUUGCAAAGGCAAUCUUACAUAUCAACAAAGACAAGAAAGUCGAGGACCGUUUAAAUGCAAUUCAUUUUGAUUUGAGUAAACACUAUAGAAGUGGUGUAGAUGAUGCAUUCACCAGGUUAUGCAUCUUUGCAAGGAAAGCAUUGGGGUUGACUGACUUGUUUUACUGUGAAGCUCCUUCAGGUGUAGGAGCUGAAAGAGUAGUCAAUGAGUCCUUUUACGAUAACCCUAUUCCGAGUCAAGAUGAGGAGGCAAGUAGUUCAAAUAAUGAAGCUUUGAAGAAUCAAAAUGGAGUCUUGAGGACCAACUGCAUCGACUGUUUGGAUCGGACUAACUUUGCUCAGUACGCCUUUGGAUUAGUAGCUCUUGAUCAGCAGCUGCAAACAUUGGGUGUUACAGGUCCCCCUAUCGUAGAUCUUAACAAUCCUUUGGCGUUAAGCUUGAUGGAUACUUACCAAAACAUGGGUGAUACACUUGCGUUGCAAUAUGGUGGCUCUGAAGCACACAGCAAGAUGUUCAGUGAUCUGAGAGGUAAUCGAAACGUGGUGGAUAGGCCUCGUGAGAUCAUCAUUGCGUUGACUCGUCACUAUAAUAAUGCUUAUCAGGACAGCCAUAAGCAGAACGCCAUCAAUUUGUUCUUGGGCCAUUUCCAACCUCAGUUAGAGAGCCCAGCAAUAUGGGAGUUAGAUCCUGACCAGCACAACAUCGGAAGAACUAGUUCUAACUUAGAUAUUGAAAAUAUAAGGCCACUAAUUAGGAGAUCCUUUUCCGAUAACAUUCUCAUGGACGUUGAUUUGAAUCUGGAGGAGCUGGCACAAGAAAUUCCUCAGCCUUCACGUGAAGGGUUAAACGGUGGCAUCUCGGAAACCAAUUCAGAGUUCCCAUUCUAUGAAACUGAAGCAGCUUCUUUUAGCUUCAGCUCGGUUAUGCGCAAUGAAGAUCAUUUGAGAGGAGCAGGAUCAAGCCAGGUGCUUCCAGGCAGUAGCUCUAAUGCUGACUCUCACAGGCCCGAAGAUAUACCUGGUUUUGGACACUCGUACCAAACUAAAUUCACUCCAGCAGAAGAAAUAUUUGAACGUUACAGCUCAAUGUCGUCAGAUAACUUCUUCACCGACCUGGAAGAAUCAGUCACUUCCAGAACUAAUACGAACAUGAGUUCUGAGUCUCCUCCAAGAGAUGUCACCGAAAAAGUACCUGGCUUCUCAAAUGAUUUCACUCGGUGGGUUGCCUCCGGAAGAGCAUUGUAA